AUGUAUCCUAACCGACAUCCGGGGCCUCAGCCUGGCCAGCCUUUCAAGUUUACAGUUGCCGAAUCAUGUGAUCGAAUCAAAGAAGAGUUCAGCUUUCUCCAGGCUCAAUAUCACACAUUGAAAAUGGAAUGUGAGAAACUGGCCCAGGAAAAAACUGAAAUGCAGAGGCAUUAUGUCAUGUACUAUGAGAUGUCAUACGGAUUGAACGUGGAGAUGCACAAACAGACUGAGAUUGCUAAACGGCUGAACGCCAUUUGUGCUCAAGUUAUACCAUUCCUGUCUCAAGAGCACCAGCAACAAGUGGCGGCAGCAGUAGAGAGAGCCAAGCAGGUCACCAUGCAGGAGCUCAACGCUAUUAUUGGGCAACAGAUGCAGGCCCAGCAUCUGCCCCAUGCCCAUGCCCCGCCCAUUCCCCUGACACCACACCCUGCGGGGCUUCAGCCCCCAAUACCCCCAGUCUCUAGCGGAUCCGGCUUUCUGGGUUUCACACAAGGAGUGUUUCCUAUACCCCACAGUCUUGGUGCUCUUAAACAGGAAGACAAAGUAAACGAUGACAAACAUAGGCGUUCUGCUUCACCGUUAGACAAAUACAGGCAUAGAAGUAGAACUCCAGAAGUUAGUGAGCAGUCAAAGAAGAGGAGAGCUGAAGAAAAGGCAGCAGACAGUGAUGGUGAGAAGAGUGAUCAAGAUCUUGUGGUUGAUGAUAAUACAUCUCCUGCUAAUGGAGAUAUGUCUCCAAGAGAGAAGCAUGCUCUCAAGGAAGCCAUUAAAAAGGAACAAGAGAGGGACAGGAUAAGUCCAAGGAGUGAUGCCUCCUCACAUGCCAGUUCCACAUCCUCCAAACCCAAGGAUAAUGAAAAGGCUGGCACUCCAGUUUCUAAGCCAGCCACACCUACGAGUUCAGGCAGCACAACUCCAGGCCCCUCCGCUGGUGUCAAGCAUGGCUACCCAUUUAUGCCUCGAAGUGGUACAAACAUGAGUUCCUCAGAACAAAGCCCGAUCCCCUACACCUCCGGUGGUCCACUUUCCAAUGGACUGGCUUGCAGUGCUCUCAACAGCUUUCCUCGGGCCCCUAUGGUGGGGUUUGAAGCACAUGUCUCCCACAAUGCCAUGAGGCCAACACUCAACAGCAUUUCUGGAGGGAAACCAGCGUAUUCAUUCCAUGUCAGCGGAGAUGGUCAGAUGCAGCCUGUUCCAUUUCCACCGGACGCCCUGAUUGGUCCUGGCAUUCCCAGACACGCACGCCAGAUAAACACACUAAAUCAUGGCGAAGUUGUGUGUGCUGUUACUGUUAGUAAUCCAACCAGGCAUGUUUAUACUGGCGGAAAGGGUUGUGUUAAAGUUUGGGAUAUCAGUCAACCUGGCAACAAGAGUCCACCUAUCUCCCAGCUGGAUUGCCUGCAACGAGACAACUACAUUAGGUCCAUAAAACUUCUUCAAGAUGGCAGAACUCUGAUUGUUGGCGGUGAGGCAAGCACACUAUCUAUAUGGGACUUGGCUUCUCCAACUCCACGAAUUAAAGCAGAGUUAAAUUCAACUGCUCCAGCUUGUUAUGCCCUGGCCAUCAGUCCAGAUGCCAAGGUAUGUUUCAGCUGCUGCAGUGAUGGCCACAUUGCAGUUUGGGAUCUCCACAACCAGACACUAGUCAGACAGUUCCAAGGACACACAGAUGGCGCCAGCUGUAUUGACAUCUCUCCUGAUGGCACAAAACUGUGGACAGGUGGUCUAGACAACACAGUCCGGUCCUGGGAUCUCAGAGAAGGACGGCAGUUGCAGCAACAUGACUUUUCGUCCCAGAUUUUUUCAUUGGGGUAUUGUCCAAAAGGAGAGUGGUUAGCUGUUGGCAUGGAGAGCAGUAAUGUUGAGGUGCUGCACCAUUCCAAGCCAGACAAGUACCAGCUCCACCUGCACGAGAGCUGCGUCCUGUCCCUCAAGUUUGCCUACUGCGGCGAGUGGUUCAUCAGCACUGGCAAGGACAACCUGCUCAAUGCUUGGCGCACUCCAUAUGGUGCCAGCAUAUUCCAGUCCAAGGAACCUUCAUCUGUCCUGAGUUGUGAUAUUUCUGCUGAUGACAAGUAUAUUGUCACUGGAUCCGGAGACAAGAAAGCCACUGUCUACGAAGUUAUCUUUUGA